AUGCCCGACCUCCCGGUAGGCUGGGACAUCGACUAUGACGGGAAUCGUUGGUUCUACCGCUACAAAUCUACCGGCCUGAUCCAGUACACCUUCCCCAAGGAAGGCGACGAAUUUCCCGAAUAUGUCGAUGCCUCCACCCCCAUCCCUACCCUCGCCCCCGAGGAACGGCUGGAGAGCCAGCAGCAAAUGCGGAGAAGAGGCGCGGGUUCCUCGGUCGCCGCGCCUACUACUUCUGCUCGGUCGCGGGGCCCUGUGAUGAGCGCCACCGGAGAGGAGGAUGAGACUGCUAUUCUGCGCGGCCCGGUGCCCGGUAGAUCUGGAGGAACCACGACAGAGACCCUUUCCCCGCCCGAGAGCUCCGUCCCUACGCCCUCUAUAAUGCAGAGCACCCCCGUCAUCGCGACCCCCGAUAUCGUCGCCCCCCCCGCCUCCGACCCUUCUCCCGAGCCACCAAACAAGAAGGAGGAGGAAGCGGCGCCAGCGCCGGGACCUGCCUCCCCCGACGUGCCCAUGCUCGAUAGCCGCGACCUUCCGUACGAGCUGCCCGAGACGACGUCGUUUAACCCCGUGGGCGUCAUUGCGGAAAUGCCGACCGAAACCACGGCCAUGGCCCACAUCGAGCUCCACCCGGAUCCGGUGGAGAUGGGCGAUAAUACCGUGCUCGCCCCGAUCGAGACGUUUAUGAUGGAGGCCGGCUUGGCGGAGCUCCCUACACAUCGAAGCCCGACGGAUAAUAAGGCGAUGGAGGUGGAGGAGCCGCCGCGCCCGCGACGAGUGGAUACCGGGCCCAGGGUCUAUCCCUUCCAGCCAAAGGACGACGAGGAUCCGAACCAGCCGCCCACGCCGCUAGGUCCUCCGGCAACCAGCCAAGCGACGAUGGCUGGAGGCCCGCCCUCCGCUACGCAAGAGGGCAACGGGCCGGCAGGAUUCACGGCUUUUCAUCCUUCAGCUAAUGCCGCGCAGCAGCAAGCUCCCGCUCCGCUCGGUCCAGGUCCCGCGGGCGGCGCGCCCGUCGCCACGGCUGGCCCGCCGGCAGCGGUACCUCCUCAGAAUUUCAAAAUUACGCGGAAACCUACCAAUGCAGGCACGAAGCCUCCGGGGUUCAGACCUUGGACCCCCGGCACCACACCCGACGCCGCGCCGCCUGGUCCGGUGAGUAGGACGGCGACAUGGAGCGGCUCGGAAACACGCGGGGAUCGGAUAGGAAGCGUGCCCCAGGAUGACGCCGUCUCCAUCAUGUCCACCUCGCAGCCUUCGCAGGCCCCUCUUUCCAACCCCCAGGCUGCUCCGCCCGCUAUCUUAACGCCACCCUCCGGGCCCGUUCAGCAGAUGCACCAUGCUCAGCUUGGGCGUGGCCAGCCUCUUCCGCCCCACGCAUUGCAGCCCGGCGGUGCGAUGCAGCAGCCGCCCCACGGGUUCGGUCGCGGAAUUCUUCCCCCAGGCGCCGAUCCUCGUCCAGGUAUCCACCGAGCCGAGACGAUGCCGGCCCAAGUCCAGCAGCCCGGACCGCCCGGCCAGUUUCAGGCGUUUACGCCGCCCAAAAACACGCCGACUUCGGAGAUGCCUCCCGCCCUGGGAACUGCCCAUAACCAAAGACCACCCAUCGCGGGUGGUGCGGCGCCUGUCUUGCAGCAGCAGCAGCAGCAGCAGCAGCAGCCUGCGGCCCCGAUUACGCACGCGCAGCGGCUCCAGCCGCGGCCGCACGCCAACUCGCUGCCGAGCCCGCAAACUCAACACGCGGGGCAACACAUCCCACCGACUCUCAUGACGCCCGGCAGCGGUGACCCGCCCGUCCCGCCCUCGGGCCGGUCAUACCCCGAGCAUCCUCUCCCGACGCCCUCCCCGUUCGAGAUGCACAGGCCCUCGCCUCCCUCUGCUGGCGGAUCGCCGUUGUCUAACCGACAGACCCUCCUACCGAAUCCUUUGGCUAUUGGCAAUGCAUCUCCCUCACCUCAGCCCCACUCCCGUUCGGUAUCCGCACAGUCCAUGCCUCCGACGGGCCAGAUCGCCACGCACGCGUAUCAGGGCGUGACAAAUCCUCCCGCGACGAUGAGGUCAAUCGUAGAUUCUACCAUUCCUUCACGAACGGCGCCCCGGCCCGCGGAUUCGUACUUCCCUCUCCAGUCUCAGCCGGCCCCUCAGCCGGCCCCGCAGCCAUUAGGGCCCGGUGGAGGACCUAGGGUACCGCACCCGCAACAAACACCACCCGGCGAAGAUCUUACGGAUCGAAGACGCUCACUACCGCCGGAGCAAAUGAUGCGGUUGCUCAGGGGCCAAGGGCAGCAGGCCCAGCCGCCACCGUCCACCGUGCCCCACAACCUUGCGCCCACGCACAUCUUGGGCCCCGUCGAAUCGGCGCAGGGGAGCCCUCGGCGGUCACAGUCGGUAGCGGUGCGGCAGGGGCAAGGAGCCGCGCAGCCUCUGCCACCGCCGCAGCCUUCGAUCCCUCAACCAACAGUCGCUCAGCCAGCGGUUACCAGGCCCUCCGAACCCGCUGCCCCGUCCGUUGAGGGAAGCUCCGCGUCUAUAGCUCCCGUCUCCGUCCCCUCACCUACCCCUCAGAGCGGAAGCGCGCAGCAGACUCAGCACCAUGCAGCCCCAUCGCCGCAGGUGCAAGUGGCUGCCGCUGCCGCUGCUGCUGCUGCUCCCGCGGCGCUCUUCGAUCCGCCGUCCGAACCAAAGGCGAUUGUCGGCCCAGGGCUCCACGCUAUCAGAGAGCAACCGGAGCAGGAAGUUGCUGGGAAGCCCAGGGCGGCAUCGAACGCGUCCCAGUUUUCUGGAGUGGGAGCGCAGGGGAGGGUGAUGGUCGGACAGGGACAAAAUCAGGCAUCCGCGGGCCCGGUUCAGGGUAGGCCGCCUGCGCCUCAUGUCAACGCAGUCCCCCAGCAAGUUCCUACUGUGGGACAGCCUGGCGUCUCUGCCCAAGGAGAGACCCGGGCGGGAGCACCGCAAGGACCGAUCCAGGGCGCUGUAGCUCAGGGAUCGCCCCAGGCAAAUACUCAGGGGCCAUCUCAGCCCCAACCUCCUCGCGCGCCCACCGCCGCUCCUACGACGGCUCAGGGCCAGGCUCAGGGACCACUGCCCGCAGCAACGCAGCCCCCGGGUCCGCAACCAGCGCAGCCGCAUACCGCUCCUCAGGGACUGCCUCAGGGCUACGUGAUACCUCAGAACCAGCCGCAGCAGACACCACCGCCCGGGUUUAUGCCGGUAGGGGCGGUCCAGGGGCAGCCGCCGAUGAUGAUGGGGCCUGGCCAAGGACAAUUCCAGCAGUUCCAGCAAUUCCCGGCCGGACAAUACCCGGGUAUGCCUGCGCAACCGCUAAUGCAGCCCCAGGGCAUGCAAGCGCGGAACGUUGACCCGCAAUCCCCGGCGUCGCAGGGUAAGGACAAGGGCAGGUGGUAUAGCAAGUUUAUAAAGCCGUCCAAGACGCUGCAAAAGUCGCCGCCGCCACAAAACCAGUUCCAGGUGCCGCCUCCUCAACAGCAACAGCAACAACAGCCGAUGGGAUGGAUGCAGCAAGGCAGCGGCAUGGCGCCUCAGAGCUUCGCGUACCAGCCCCAGGGUGCCCCUCAGCAAUUUGUCAUGGUCCAAGGCAUGCCCCAACCUGUUCCGCCGGGCUUCCAGCAGAUGCAAGGCAUGCAAUUCUACGGCCAUCCCCAGAUGAUGCAGAUGCCUGUCGGGAUGAUGCAGCCGGGGGCUCCGGGUGCGCCGCUUCAAGGCCCGCCUCAGGGCCAGCCCGGAGCGCAGGGGAUACAGGUGCCGCAGGCCGCUGGCCCCGGACAACCUGCUCCUGGUACUCCCACGUCGCCGGUGGUCUCCGUUCAGCAACAGGGCCGGCGGAGGAGCCAAGUCGAGCCUCCAUCGCCAGAGUCUGUGAGGCAGAGGGCCAACUCAGCCGCGACUUCAAUUGGCUCUUCGAAGACGCAAAUGGUGUCGGCGAAGCACCCGAUCGCCGAGUCUGUCGAAUCGGACCGCGGCUCCAUUUCGACGAUGGACGUCGCUGAAGCCCAGGCGCAGCCGGUACUCAAGCCGCAGGUCAUACAGGUCUCGCGGCCCCUCAGCAUGCAAAACCAAAGGGUAGCAGGACAGGACUUGACGCCUCUGCAGGCCCCGAUCCCCGCGCAGAUCAUCGCAGCCGCGGUCCCCAUUAUCCCGGCCCCAGCAGCAUCCCCUUCCUCCCCUACGAUGCCGGGCCAACCGGGCGUGCCCGCCAACGGAUACCACGGCCUUCAACCCUCGGCGCCCUUCAUGUCGCAUAUUCGCGUGCCGAGCCACGACAGCCCGGUGGUGAGUGCGCAGCCGUCGCCGUCGGUGCGGGAGAGCAUGGUGUCGGAGAUUAGCUCCGCGGAUUCGGCGGACAGCCGACGGGUCAGCGUGAUGUCUGUGGCGUCGGGCCCGAUGGUGGCGGGUCCCGGUCCUGCGGGAGUGGCGACGCAAAGGAAUGCGGAGUUCAAGGCGAAGAUGGCGAGGAAGCCUAUGGCGGAUUACUCGGGAGGGGGUUGGGGAGACGACGGCGAGUAG